GCCGGCUUGAAAAAUACGCUGCAGAUAUCAUCAUGAUUGGAGCACACCAAGGGCGCCAGGCCAGCCAGCCUCUGCGGCCUCGUAUAAAUUGUAACAAUUGGGGCUUCGCAAUGGAGUCAUGGGCUCGGCCAGGUCCUUCCUCAUGUAAAACCACUAGUCGAGACUCCCAGAUCCUCCCGUCAUUGCCCAUCCCCACGCCGCCAUGAUAGGCACCACAUCCCGCGCGCCGCUCGGGCGUGCCGCCGCCGCCGCCGCCGCCGCCAUCGCCUGGACCGGCACCGCCGCCGCUGCUGCCCCACGGACCUCCGUCCGCACCAUGGCCUGCCGGUCCUCCUCCCAGCCGGCCGACGCGACGCCGUCGCCGCCGCUCGACAAGAUCCCGUCGACGUCGAUCCGCAUCCUCCGCACCGUGCCGGCCGUCCGCCUCUGGCGCCGACCGCACGCGCUGGACCGGCGGCUCGUGGCCCUGGUGCCGACCAUGGGGGCGCUGCACCGCGGGCACGAGGCGCUCGUGCGGGCCGCGGCGCGCGAGAACCACCACGUGGUCGUGUCCAUCUACGUCAACCCGGCCCAGUUCGGCGCGCGCGAGGACCUGGGCUCGUACCCCAAGACGUGGGACGCCGACUGCGCGCUCCUGCGCCGCCUCGACGCCGAGCUCGCCGACGACGGGUCCAACCUCGGCCGCGUCAGCGCCGUCUUCGCCCCGUCCACGCCCGAGAUGUACCCCUCCGGCUUCCCCGGCCAGGAGCCGGACUCGCACGGCAGCUUCGUCACCAUCACCCCCGUGGGUACGCUGCUCGAGGGCAGGAGCCGCCCGACCUUCUUCCGCGGCGUGGCGACCGUGUGCCUCAAGCUCUUCAACGUCGUGACCCCGGACCGCGUCUACUUUGGCCAAAAGGACGUGCAGCAGACGGUCGUGGUCCGCCGCAUGGUGCGCGACCUGCGCCUCGACACCGACGUCGUCGUGUGCCCCACGGAGCGCGAGGCCGACGGCCUGGCCCUGAGCUCCCGCAACGUCUACCUGGGGCCGCGCCGCCGCGCCCAGGCCACGGUGCUACACCGCGCCCUACGGGCCGCCGAGCGCGCCUUUGCCGAGGGCGGCCGCCGCGACCGCGCCGUCGUGCUGGGCGCCGCCAAGGCGGUGGUGCGCGACGCCCUGGCGGCGCAGAUGGCUCUCCCACCGGCCCGCCGCGUCGUCUUCGAGGUUGACUACAUCUCGCUCGCCAACCCGGACACGAUGGAGGAGCUGGACGAGGUCGACCCGGCCAGGGGCGGUAUCCUGAGCGGCGCCAUCAAGAUGCUGCCGGUCGAGGAGCCCCAGCCCGGAGAAGACCUCGGCCACAGCGGAGGUCCCGCCGUGAGGCUGAUAGACAACCUCAUCCUGGACCCUAUACAAACCUAGGGCCAACGCAUUUGCAUUUUGACGACCUCGAAACUUGGCGUUUACAGGCGGCAGUGUUGAUAUAAAUGGCAGCGCUUAGACUAGAGCUUAGCCCAGUUGACUUGGAUGUAUACUCUCGAGUCAAAACGGUCCGAAAACACUAUCGGUAGACUUCCAAUGCAUAAUAACAAUUGGGUUCCUACAUGGCUGCAUCCCUCAUCAGGCUCUAUCGUACCCUAUCUUCAAC